AAGCAGUGACGCUCCUCCUGUUUUUCUUCUCAUUUAUGGGCUUUUCCAUCAUUCUCAGCCUUCAGCUACUGAGCGAUGGAAGAACGCGGUUCCCAAACCGAAAGGUAACGCAGGUUCCGCGGCCCGCCUGGAGUAAGCCAUAGCCUACUAAACUGCGGCCGAACCAGAAACGAUGGAGAGACCGUCCGCCAUAAUCAAUAAAACAGGCUCUCGGUCGGCGGCCUCACUGCCUCCGGAGCCGGUGGACAUCAUCCGGAGCAUGUCGUGUUACCGGCGUGUGCGUCUGAACGUGGGCGGCCUGCCGCACGAGGUGCUCUGGCGCACGCUGGAGCGCCUGCCGCGCACGCGCCUGGGCAAACUUCGCGCGUGCACGACGCACGAGGCGCUUAUGGAUAUUUGCGACGACUAUAACCUGGACGAGAACGAGUACUUCUUUGACCGACACCCUGGCGCGUUCACGUCCAUCCUGAACUUCUACCGCACGGGAAAGUUGCACAUGAUGGAGGAAAUGUGCGCGCUAUCGUUCAGUCAGGAGCUGGACUACUGGGGCGUGGACGAGAUCUACCUGGAGUCAUGCUGCCAGGCGCGCUACCAUCAGAAAAAGGAGCAGAUGAAUGAGGAGCUGCGGCGAGAGGCUGACACACUGAAGGAGCGCGAGGGCGAGGAGCUGGAUAACGCGUGCUGCUCGGAGAAGCGCAAGAAACUGUGGGACCUGCUGGAGAAGCCCGGCUCUUCUGUAGCAGCCAAGAUACUGGCCAUCAUCUCCAUAUUGUUCAUUGUGCUGUCUACCAUCGCUCUGUCUCUCAACACACUUCCAGAACUGCAAGACAUAGAUGAGUUUGGCCAGAGCACAGACAACCCUCAACUGGCCCAUGUCGAGGCAGUUUGCAUUGCGUGGUUUACCAUGGAGUAUCUUCUUCGCUUUCUUUCUGCACCCAAUAAAUGGAAGUUUUUCAAAGGUCCCCUCAAUGUCAUUGACCUGUUGGCGAUCCUUCCAUACUAUGUUACAAUCUUCCUCACAGAGUCUAACAAAAGUGUACUGCAAUUCCAGAAUGUACGGCGAGUGGUGCAGAUCUUUCGGAUUAUGCGAAUUUUACGAAUCCUAAAAUUGGCUCGUCAUUCUACUGGGCUACAGUCACUUGGUUUCACUUUACGACGUAGUUACAAUGAACUUGGCCUGCUAAUACUCUUUUUAGCAAUGGGCAUUAUGAUCUUUUCAAGUUUGGUCUUCUUUGCAGAAAAGGAUGAAGAUGACACCAAGUUCAAGAGCAUACCUGCCUCCUUUUGGUGGGCUACUAUUACCAUGACCACUGUAGGAUACGGGGACAUUUACCCAAAGACAUUGCUAGGCAAGAUAGUUGGCGGUCUCUGCUGCAUUGCUGGAGUUCUGGUCAUUGCACUUCCUAUCCCCAUCAUUGUAAACAACUUCUCUGAGUUCUAUAAGGAGCAGAAGAGACAAGAGAAAGCCAUCAAGCGACGUGAGGCUUUAGAACGAGCCAAGCGCAAUGGCAGCAUAGUGUCUAUGAAUGUUAGGGAUGCUUUUUCUCGUGGUGCAGAGCUUCUUGAUGUGGUUGUGAUGGAGAAGGGCGAGAAGCUUCAAGACAACCAUCUUUCACCUAGUCGCUGGAAAUGGUCAACAAAGAGAGCUGCGUCUGACUCCAGCUCCAAUCGCUCAUUUAGUCAAGAACAGGGAUCCCCAAGCAAGGCCAGGCCCUCAAGCCCUCAGAGACUUAAUCCACAAAAAUUAGAGGAAGUGUAUAACCAGAUGACCAAGACUCAGUCACAACCAAACCUCAACACCAAAGACAGGAGUUCAUCCCGGAUAGGUAGAAGGAGGGAUGAGAUUGAGCUAGGUACCAUGCCAGGUCAAGGAGCUGGUCCUUUUGGGGGCCAUGAAGGAGUGGUGGAUAUGAAAAGUCUGUCCAGCAUUGACAGCUACAUCAGCUGUGCCACAGACUUCCAAGAAAAUACACGAUUCCCUUUUAGUCCAGUAGUGGGCUUGACCCUCCCAGAGAGUUCUCGUUUUUCACACAGUUCCGGAAUAUCAGGACGGGUCAGUGGUAAUCCAAGCCUUCAGACCACGAUGGAGCACGAAUCCAUGCUCACUCCACCAUGUUCUGCUGCAAAACCUCCUGACAUAGAGGGUUCACAUCUUGGUGGAAACCUUCUAAAAAGACAUUCUCUAAGAGUGAAUCAUCACGGUUAUGGGGAUUCAAGUCUGGCAGGUUGCCUUUUAUCAGACAGCUCUGCUCCCUCAGAUCAUUCCCUGAUCAGCCCAGAAGUCUCUAUCUACACCACAGCUAGCAGCAGGACUCCACCGAAGACACCAGAGGGAGUUGCACUUACACCUACAGUUUUCACAUUUCAUGAUGCCUCUAUCAAUAGGUACAUUGAUGCUGAUACAGAUGAUGAAGAACAUCUCAGAGAAAGUCCAUCAGACUGUCUGCUUGGGGGUGUGGGCACCAAGCCUCACCUAAAUAUUGGGUACCAGAGGGGCACUAACCACCUCGAGGCUGCACAGCGACUAUUGGGUCAGAACUGUCGAUUCUCAUUGGGAAGCAAUCCAAGUGUAAGUCACGAUAAUCAUUUGGCAUUAGAUGCUUUACAUAGAUGUAGAGCAGACAAAGGACGUUCCAACACAUUUGAUGAAAGCCUUUGAGACAUUUAAGUGCAUAUACUGACUACUGAGAAAAAAGAGCAUGGAGGGAAGCAAAGGCAAUGAAUAAAGAUACCUGAAUGCUUAGUGCAGUGUCCACAGAUGUACCACAGGCCCUAAUCUCUUCCUGUCUCUCCCAAUUUUUGUGCAUUUGCUGCACUGGUAUUAGGCAGCCUGCACUCUCAUUCUCCCAGGAAAACUGAAUUAAAUGUGACUGUUGUCAAUAUCUGACAUAAUAAGCUUGUGCAGCCUAGUUACAAUAGGAAAAUUCAACACUGAACAGAGAACGGGUCUUUAAAGUACAGACAGGGACAGUCAUUCACUGCCAAAGUCACCCAGCCGUUGUCCAGAGUCCAUUACAAGAUUAGGCUUUAGAUUAAGUUUAAGUUAUUGCCCGUUUACAAGUGCAACCCUGUAAAGAAACUAGCCUUACUUUAUUGCAGGUAUGAAUGUCUGAAUGUCUACAACACCUGUUUAUGAGUGUGUAAAUGGGUUCACUAUGAGGAGACUUGUCCUUAUGGUAAUGUUUUAAUUUACAAUUCUGCACACGCUCUCGAAGUUGUACGCAUACAGUGUAAUUUAUUUACUGAUUUAUUUUUAUACAGAUGUAAACACUAUAGAAAUCUAUAUU